CAGAUAAUUCUGGUUAAAUAUUACUUCUACUGUCUUAUAUGUAGUGUGGAAUUGCCAUUUGUGAAGCAGGCUCAGAAAUGGAGCUGAUUUGCACGACAUUCAUCUUCUUUCUGUUGGUCUCUCCCGGCCUUGGGAUAGAUGGAGAAUUUGCUCGGAAUUUUAUCGCCAUUGCUGGGCCUCUGCCCAGUGAGUUGGCAGAUAAACUGGGUCUGAGGGACCAAGUGCUGCCCCAGGAGGAGCAGGGCCCUGCUGUGGCUGAAGCACAUGGUUCCCUGUGCCAACAAGACCUCGUGGCUUCGGAGCUGCCCCGGUACUUCUCCCACCUUCAGGAGAUCGGGGUGACGCACUACAAAGUGUUCCUGCCGUGGUCGCGCGUCCUUCCCGAGGGGAAUGCCAGGGAGCCUGAUGAAGCUCAGGUGCAGUGCUACAGGGAGUUGCUCCAGGCCCUGGUUGCUGCAGAGCUCAGCCCCGUGGUGGUCCUGCACCACCAGCGUGUCCCUGGCGCUGUGGCCGUGCGGGCCGGAGGGAGGGAAGCCGGUGCUUUUGCCAACCUUUUUGUGGAGUAUGCAGAGUUCUGCCUCCGUGCUUUUGGGGACCUGGUGGAUGUGUGGGUCACCUUCAGCGACCUGCAGGAGGUCCUGCACAGCCUGCCUUACCCUGACCCCCAGGACAGAGCCCAGGCCGUGGCUGCUGCCCACGAAGGGUUUUACACCAUCUUCCAUGAGAAACACUCGCCGGCCGGUGGAAAACUGUCCAUUGCUUUAGAAACAGGUGGUGUUUUGGACAGUGCUUCUUCAGAACUGCUUUCAGUUUCUCUUCAGGAUUCAGUAGACUUUCUGUCUCUCAACCUUCAGUACCAGUGUGGAAAUGAAACAGAUUUCUACAAGAAAUUAGAUGAAUUCCAGAGUGUCUGGAAGGACAUAGAGAUCUUGGUUUUUAGUCUGAAGUUCCUUGGUUGUGCUUCCAUGGAAGAGAAUCCUUUCAUACCAGUAGCUGCCAUUGUCAUAGCUCUUAAUGAAGAAGGAACACGGACGAUUGGAUAUGACAUUAGUGAGUUCUUGGACGACUUGUCUCGUGUUUCAAGCCAAACAAAUACUCUACAGGAGAACCCAGCUGCUGUUGUUGCCCCUCGCUCCUCCUACCAAACAGUUUGGGAAAUGUUUGCUGGACAGUCUGAACUGGAGAGGGAUUCUUUUCUGCAAGACGUUUUCCCAGAUGGUUUCCUCUGGGGCACAUCCACAGGUGCCUUUAGCAUUGAAGGAGCUUGGGCAGAGGAUGGGAAAGGGGAGAGCAUCUGGGAUCAGUUUGGGCAUGCAGGCCAUGUCCACCUGAACCAAACAGCAGACGUGGCAUGUGACAGCUACUACAAAACCAGCUAUGACAUUUUCCUGCUCAGGGGUCUUCACCCCCAGCUGUACAAGUUUUCUGUGUCCUGGCCUAGGAUUUUCCCUGCUGGCACCAAUGAGACCAUCAACUCCAAAGGUGUUGAUUAUUACAACCAGUUAAUUGACCAGCUGUUGGACUCUCACAUCGAGCCCAUGGUGACUCUGUUCCACUGGGACCUCCCCCAGGCCCUGCAGGCCCUUGGGGGCUGGCAGAAUGACAGUGUCAUAGAUGCUUUUGUGAGCUAUGCAGACUUCUGCUUUUCCACUUUUGGGGAUCGAGUCAAGCUCUGGAUCACAUUCCAUGAGCCCUGGGUUAUCAGCUACGCUGGCUACGGCACCGGGGAGCAUCCCCCAGGAAUCACUGACCCAGGAGUGGCAUCUUACAAGGUGGCUCACACAAUUCUCAAGGCUCAUGCCAAGGUCUGGCACCUGUACAAUGACAAAUACCGCUCUCAGCAGCUGGGAAAGGUGGGGCUGGUGCUGAACUCGGACUGGGCUGAACCCAAGACUCCAGCCAGCUCCGAGGACGUGAGGGCAUCUGAGAGGUACCUGCAGUUCAUGCUGGGCUGGUUCGCCCACCCCAUAUUUGUCAAUGGCGAUUACCCAGAGAUCCUGAAGGCUCAGAUCCAGGCAGUGAACCAGCACUGCUCCACAACAGUGGCACAGCUGCCUGUGUUUACAGAGGAGGAGAAGUCCUGGGUGAAAGGGACUGCAGAUUUUUUUGGCCUUUCCCACUACACUUCCCGCCUGGUCAGUGCCGGGGCUGACGGGACCUGCGCUCCAGGAUACGAGAGCAUUGGGAACUUCUCCUUGCAUGUGGAUCCUUCCUGGCCACAGGCUGCCUCUUCCUGGGUCCAUGUGGUCCCCUGGGGGUUGAGAAGACUGCUGAAGUUUGUAUCCCAGGAAUACACAGGGACACAGAUCCCAAUAUACAUAUCAGGGAAUGGUAUGCCCACGGGAGACACGGGGGAUCUCAUUAAUGACACCCUGAGAGUGGAUUAUUUCCAACGGUACAUCAACGAGGCCCUAAAAGCGGUGAAACACGACGCCGUCGAUGUUCGGUCGUACAUCGCUCGGUCCCUGGUUGAUGGCUUUGAAGGCCCGCUGGGGUACAGCCUGAAGUUUGGGCUGCAUCAUGUGGACUUUGAAGACAGCAACAGAGCAAGGACUCCCAAGGCAUCUGCUUAUUUCUAUUCCAGUGUUAUUGAAAAGAAUGGUUUUCCAUCCGAAGCCUUGGGCAGAUCUUCUGCGCCACUGGUGUUUGACCGACCUGCGCCACCAAAGUUGCCAAAUUUACCAGCAUCAGAAGUUCCCUCCAAGGCAAAGGUUGUCUGGGAGAAGUUUUCAUCUCAGACUGCCUUUGAAAGAGACAUGUACUUUCAUGGGACAUUCCCAGAGGGCUUUACCUGGGGUGUGUCUUCUUCUGCCUACCAGAUCGAGGGAGGCUGGGAUGCUGACGGCAAGGGGCCCAGCAUUUGGGAUACCUUCACCCAUGUCCCAGGGAAUGUAAAGAAUAAUGACACUGGAGAUAUUGCUUGUGAUAGCUACCACAAGGUGGAGGAAGAUAUUUACCUGCUGAGAGCCUUGGGGGUAAAGAACUAUCGUUUCUCCCUGUCCUGGCCUCGAAUUUUCCCCACUGGAAGGAACAACUCAGUCAACAGCCAUGGAGUUGACUACUAUAACCGUCUCAUUGACGGGCUGGUUGCAAACAACAUCACUCCAAUUGUCACUCUCUACCACUGGGACCUGCCCCAAGCUCUCCAGGACAUCGGUGGCUGGGAAAACAACACCCUGAUUGACCUGUUUGACAGCUUUGCAGACUUCUGUUUCCAGACCUUCGGGGACAGGGUGAAAUUCUGGAUCACGUUCAAUGAGCCCUACGUCAUUGCCUGGCUGGGCUAUGGCCAGGGGACGUUCCCUCCCAAUGUCCAAGACCCUGGCAGUGCUCCCUACAGGGUUGCCCACAUCCUGCUGAAGGCCCACGCCAGGGCCUACCACACCUACGACGACAAGUACAGGGCCAGCCAGGGAGGGGUCAUCGCCCUGUGCCUCUACAUCCACUGGGCCGAGCCCAAGUCCCCCGGCGACCCCAGGGACGUGGAGGCCGCAGACAGGUACCUGCAGUUCAUGGUGGGCUGGUUUGCACACCCCAUUUUCAAAAACGGGGACUACCCGGAGGCGAUGAAGUGGAAGGUUGGGAACAGGAGUGAGCUCCAGGGGCUGCCCUCGUCCCGCCUGCCGGCGUUCACGGCGGAGGAGCACGAGUACAUCCGGGGCACGGCGGACGUGUUCUGCUUCAACACCUACACCUCCAAAAUCAUCACCCACUCCACAACCCGCCUGAAUCCCUUCUCCUAUGAGUAUGACCAGGAAGUUUCAAUCAGCGCUGACAGCUCCUGGCCUUACUCGGGUCUCGAAGGCCAUCGGCCCGUGGCCUGGGGGCUCAGGAGGCUCCUGAACUGGAUCAAAGAGGAGUAUGGAAAUCCCCCAAUAUACGUCAUUGAGAACGGGGUGGCGAUAAACACCACAUCGGAUGUGGAUGACAAUGCCAGGAUAUUUUACUACAAAACAUACAUUGACGAAGCUUUAAAAGCUUCCAGGUUAGACGGUGUUAAUCUGAAGGGAUACAACGCUUGGUCCUUCAUGGAUAACUUUGAGUGGUCGGAUGGUUAUGACCCAAGGUUUGGAUUGCUCCAGGUUGAUUUCAACAACCCCAACAGGCCCAGGACCCCAAAGCGCUCGGCUGUGUACUACGCUGAAAUCAUCCGCAGUAAUGGGAUCCCACUGCCCAAAGAGGAUGAGUUUUUGUAUGGAGAGUUCCCAAAGAACUUCUCGUGGAGUGUAGCAACUGCAGCAUACCAGAUUGAGGGAGGAUGGAGAGCAGAUGGGAAAGGACUGAGCAUUUGGGACAAGUAUUCUCACACUCCCCUGAGAAUCAGCAACGAUGACACCGGAGAUGUAGCUUGUGACAGCUACCACAAGAUUGAGGAGGAUGUGGAAAUGCUGAAAAGCCUCAAGGUGUCUCACUAUCGGUUUUCCAUCUCCUGGUCCCGUGUUCUCCCAGAUGGGACCACCAGGUACAUCAAUGAAAUGGGACUGAACUACUAUGAAAGGCUCAUUGAUGCUCUGCUGGCAGCCAACAUUAAGCCUCAGGUAACUCUGUAUCACUGGGACCUCCCACAGGCCCUGCAGGACGUCGGUGGGUGGGAGAAUGAUACAAUAAUUCAGAGGUUUAAGGAAUAUGCUGAGCUCCUUUUCCAGAGACUGGGAGAUAAAGUGAAAUUUUGGAUAACCCUCAAUGAACCCUACAACACUGCUUAUCUUGGCCAUGGUGUUGGCACAGCUGCUCCAGGAAUCUCCAUCCGGCCGGGCCGAGCUCCCUACGUGGUGGGACACAACCUGAUAAAGGCCCACGCCGAGGUCUGGCACCUCUACAACGAGACCUACAGGGCCAGACAGGGAGGGCUGAUCUCCAUCACCAUCAGCUCUGACUGGGCAGAGCCACGGAACCCACACAAGCAGGAGGAUGUCGAAGCCUCCAGACGGUUCAUGCAGUUUUUACUAGGUUGGUUUGCCCAUCCCAUUUUCAAAAACGGUGAUUACAAUGAGGUGAUGAAGAGAAGGAUUCGGGAGCGCAGCCUGGCCCAGGGCCUGAGCCAGUCCCGACUUCCAGAAUUUACUGAAAGUGAAAAGCAAAGAAUUAAAGGCACAUAUGACUACUUUGGUCUAAACCAAUACACCACAGUAUUAGCAUACAAUCUAAACUUUCCCAGGGUUGUUCAGUCAUAUGACUCUGACAGGGGUGUGGCCACGGUGAGCGACCGCAGCUGGCUGGGCUCCGGCUCUACCUGGCUGAAGGUGACACCCUUUGGAUUCCGGAAGAUCCUGAGGUGGAUCAAGGAGGAGUACAACAACCCCCCCAUUUAUGUGACUGAGAAUGGGAUCUCGGAGAGGGGGGCCUUUGUGUUCAAUGACACUCAGAGGGUGCAUUACUACCGGAGCUACAUCAACGAGGCACUGAAAGCCGUGGUGCACGACGGCGUUGACCUACGGGGCUACACCGCGUGGAGCCUGAUGGACAACUUCGAGUGGGCCGUGGGCUUUGAUGAAAGGUUUGGGCUCUACCACGUGAACUUCUCAGACCCCGCCUUGCCACGGCGCCCCAAGGCCUCUGCCAGGUACUACUCGCAGAUCAUCAACUGCAAUGGGUUUCCAGACCCAGCAACGGGCCAACAUCCCUGUCUGGAACCAGAGCCAGAAGUGACACCACCAGACCCCACUCCAGGAGCAGCUGCCACUGUGAGCUUUUUGGGAUUGGAUUUGACAUCCCAGAGUGCAGAAAUUGCCCUGUACAUGCUUUUUGCUCUUUCGGGAGUUGGAGCCUUGGCCUUGGCUCUUUUUGGAUACAAAUACGGAAAAUCAGUCAAAAGAUCCCAUAAACAAUCACACAUGGAACUGAGAAGUAAAAUGUAACAUUUCCACUUGCUCAAGUGGUUUUUGGGUUUGGUUUUUCUUAAAAAAGAAGGUUCUACCAUCAGGAGAAGAAACUUAGUGCUUGUUCUGCUGCAGCUUUGUGUCUUGCCUCAGAGAUGGCUCCCCAGCAUUGCGGUGUUUGCUUUUCCCAGCUUUAAAAGGGGGAGGAGAAUUAUUUUUCUCUGUUAACUGUCUUUUUUUCUCCAUGGGCAUCAUUGGUUUGAUUUCUUAAGGACCAAAGUGCUUGUUCCUACCUGCAUGUGAGGUUUCUGAGUUUCAGCUGGAACCUGUUUGUGCUUCAGCAUCUUCAGUGGAUCUGAGGGGAGCCCCUCAAAGCUUUACUGCUUCUUAGUGUUUUUAAGACAAGUUAGUGCCUAUACUGGUGAAAACUGGUCUAGACUGUACUCUUCUAGUGCAGCUACUGCACAGAUUGGGGUUUUACCCCCCUUUUCCUUUAUGUCAUGUACAGCAAGGUCAUUAAACUGGAUCAAAACAUUUC